CUUUGUCUACUCUGUCCCGGUGCCGCGCGAGCAUCUAUAUUACUUUUUACUGCGUGCUUGUCGCCGGCCUGUGCCUUUUUCACUCUUUUUGUCUUCGCAACGGGUUUGCUUGGCUCCGCUCUGCUUCCCGCGACUCACUGGCGCGUCUGUUCAGCACGCAGUUCGUCUGCCCGGCUACAACCAACCCCCCGGGUUAGUUUCUCAUGGAGGUCUCGUCAAUUCCUCCCCGCAGCGAUUCCAAAGCUGCAGCCAAUCUCGCCAUCCCCGCCGCCGCGCGAAAAUCAGACGAGGACGAGCGAGACAGAGCCAGUCAGCGGUCAUCUUCGUCGCAGCAGUCCUCGGUCUCCUUGCCCGCGAACCACAAUGACUCCGCCGGCAGCGUGAGUCCGAUAUCGAGUCUGUCGGUGCCGCAGCUGACUGUCAUUACGCCGUUCGGAAGCGCGAUGCCGCUCGAAAACAUCGAUCUCGACGAGCCCUCGGUAGUAGUUGCUCAGGAACGCAGUAGUAUCCAGGCACUCAAGCGGCUCUCGUUCGAGGUAUCCGCGGCCUCGGACCCGGAUUUACCGGGCAUUUCGCAAAAUCAACAGCAACAACAGCAACAACUACAACAACAGCAGCAGCAGCAAUCUCAACAACAGUCGUUUGGCAGCAUACGUCCGUCGUCGCCCGCGGCCGACAGCGACGACGAAGAAUCGAUAUCAUCCACAGGAAGUGGCAACAGCGGCAAAUCAAACGACCAACCGCUGCUCUGGGUACCCGCGCACUUACACCCCGCUCUAGCCCCGAAAGAAUGGAAGACAUAUGUACAAGAACGCGUGUCCGAGAUUCAAAAACUAGCAGACCGCAAGUCCUCGCCGUCCAGCACGAACGGCAACUCGCUGCAGAUCCCAAACGCGGGUCAGCAGUCAUCUUCAAGCUCGCGGAUCGUGCGCCGGAAAUCAAAGCUGUCGCGCGAAAUCGACACGUCGGGCGACACGCCUGCCGGGUACGAGGACGGCGCGGACGUGCUUCAGGAACGGAAGGCGCAUGUCGAGGUCACGGUCUCGGAUCUGGAGUUGUUUGAGACGUAUGCAUUGCAGGCGCGAUCGCCGCCUUCGUCGCCGUCUGGGAUGCCGUUUGUGCGUCAACAAAGCGAGACAGCGGCCGUUUCUCCUGCGGCGGAUGCCAACAUCUCGAGCCGGAUUAAUGGACGGGGUUUAAGACGAUCGACACAUACGUUGAGGAAGCUAGGCAGUCAGUCAUCGUCUUCUGCGACGGCAAGUGUGGAUGACGCUGAUUAUGAGCGGGCAGUGGGCUUGAUCCAGCAGGACACCGUCGAUCUGUCUCCUCCGGUGCAGGCGCGGCAUGGUAUCUUGCAAACCUCCGCAGCGACAUCAGCCGCCGUUCAGCACGUUACGGUUGAAGAUGGGAAACUGAAGCUCGAGUUUGACGACGACACAUGGAAAUUCGACGAGCUCGAAAAGCCGACGGGCGAGCACUUGGUUGCGUCUGUGGCCGCUGCUGAAGAUCCGACUACCCCUCGGAGUCUCGCAAAGUCGUCGGAUGAAGACCUGGGAUACUACCCGCGUCCGCACCCGCUCACUGCAGCUCCUUCCUUACAGCCUCCUGCGUCAUCACAAUCUCCAGCACCAUUUCCGCGCUCCGAACCCGCGACCCGGAAUUCUCUCGACAAUAUCUCGACAGACUCGCAGGGCUCAAGGUACAGCAACAAAAAGCGCAACAAAGCGACGGCGAUCAAAGCCAGCUUCGGGCGUCUCUUCACGUCCGACAAGGAGAAGGAGGGCAAUAGUAGCAGCGGGGGUCUUAAAUCGUCAUUUAACGACGCCGUGCGCUCGACUUCAAAGAAAGUCGCCAGUUUUUCGUCGGCGUCGGCGUCAUCUUUCUCUACGCCGACGAGGAGUCAGAGCAUGCCUGUUGACUUGGGAGCGAAGGAUUCGCGAAAUUCGAUAGAUUCGUCGAGCACGGAUUCGAGUGUGGAGGAGAAGAAGAAGGAUAGCAAGCUCACGAAUAUUUUCCGCAUGAACAGGAAGAAUAAAGAGGCAAAGCAACAGCAGCAGCAGCAGCGGUCGCAUUUCUCAAAACUGAUGCCUACAGAGGUGCGUCAUCGGCGGUCGUCCUCAUCCUCACUCUCGUCUGUGAUUUCGGACUCUAUGCUGUACGGAAUCAGCGGCAACCCGUACGGGCGGUCGAGAAGUGUUUCACCGUCGCGAUCGCCGGGGCGAAGGAUGGGUCCGCGGAUGAACGGCGGGGAACAAGAGGACGAGUAUGAGUACGAGCGACCAUAUUACUACACGCGGUUUCCGUUGCACGUCGAGCGGGCGAUCUACCGGCUGUCGCACCUGAAGCUUGCGAAUCCGCGGCGGCCGCUGUGUCAGCAGGUGUUGCUGAGCAAUUUCAUGUACGGAUAUCUGGAUACGAUCAACCAGGAUAGCUUGUACUUUCAGCAGCAGCAGCAGCAGCAGUUUGAGCAGCAGCAGAAGCAGCAGGAGUAUUACGGAGGGGGAUAUCGUCCGUCUGAUUUGUACGAGUACGGACAGGAUGAGAUGACGUAUGGAGUGAAGGAUGGGGACUAUGUGGACGCGUUUGAGGAGCAUGAGCUGUACGGGGGAUACUAUGAUCCAACGGAGGACGACGAUGAUUACGCGCUACCACCAUCAGAAUACGAAGACGAAGUGGAAGAAAGAGACGAGUCGGAUGUGCGACCGCGACAGGUAAAAACAAGGAACCCGUAUCGGCAGCAGCGAGAGCAGGUGGAGCAUGAGCAGCAGGAGCAGCAGAGCACGCGUGCGAAACGACAGGUAGUGCAGCAGCAGCAGACGAUGCAGUAUGCGCAUUUGCACGCGAAUCAGACGCAGCAGCAGCAGCAGCAGCAAGAACAGCAGCAGAAACUACAGCAGCAGCAGCAGUUGCAGCUACAGCUUCAACUCCAGCAGCAGCAGCAACUACAACAAAAGCAACUACAGCAGAUGCAGCAACAGCAGCAGCAACAGCAACAGCAUCAGCAGCAGUACAUUGUAGCUCAGGCACCUUCGGUACCAGCGCGAUAUCAUAUUAAGGCGCGGGUACAACCCGCGGUGCAUAAUAGCGGACCACAAGAGCCGUCGCUGUACCGAGACUACUACGGGCAGGUGCAAGCGGUGGGAGGGAGCUACAGAGGAUAAAGUGUCUAUAAAGCAGCACUGGUAAUGUCAAAAACUGUUGAGAAGGAAUUUCAUAUUGUACAAUUUUUAUAUCUUGUUUAUAACUACCGGUGGCGUUUUUUUGUAUUUUGAGUGUUUAUAUUAUAGUUGCUUUGACUGCUAUUCUGUUUG